AUGGCUCGUGAAAUACCAACACUCAAAUUACUCCUCAUUGGCAACUCCAACGUCGGCAAAAGCUCUUUGCUGUUGCGUUUUACAGAUGACACUUUUCUACCACAAGAAGAAGUCUCUGCUACCAUUGGUGUCGAUUUCAAAGUAGCCAUGAUGGAUGUGGACGAUCAGAAAUACAAGUUGACCAUAUGGGAUACAGCUGGUCAAGAACGUUUCCGUACAUUGACUUCAUCCUAUUAUCGUGGUGCUCAAGGCGUGAUCUUAGUCUAUGAUGUAAGCAGCCGUGAAUCCUUUGAAGCUCUUGACACGUGGUGGAAGGAAGUCAAUACCUAUUGUUCAAGCCCAGAUGUUGUCAAGAUGAUUGUGGGCAACAAGGUGGAUAAGGAAUCUUCUCGAGCAGUGACUUACAAGGAAGGAGCAGAAAUGGCACGCAAGUUACAGACAUUGUUCGUCGAAUGCAGCGCCAAGACCAAUGUGGGGGUAAAGGAAGCAUUUGAAGAACUGGUUACCAAGGUCAUAGAAACGCCAAGCUUAUGGCAAAAGAAAAUGUCACCAUCAUCCACGGUACGAGUAACACCCACACAACAACAGCAAAAUGGAGGCAGUUAUUACGAGUCAUGCAGUUGUUAA